UUGAAUAUGGUAUUUUUUUGGCGCGGUCUCACUGCUUAGCCCACUCGUAUGUGGUGAUGUGUAAAAACCAAAAUUUUGAAUACAAUAUUCAUCCGGUGAAACAGGAAGAUCCCAAUUGGAAUACCCCCGAAGACAAACGGCCUACAUUAUGAAUUACAAUCCGAACGCGGGUAUGCGGAACCGUAAGUGGGAGAACUCAUCAGCUGCCAGUCGCCCGCGGCCCGCCAAACGAGUAAGCGAUGUUAACGCCAUGGGCCCCUCGGCUCCCAGUUCUGCCUUUAUGGCUCCUCAGGCCGGACCUGGGAUGCUCGAUCCCAACAUGUACGGUGCUCCCCAGGCUCCAAUAGCGCAGCCGAACAGCUAUGGCUUCAACUUAAAUCCCUCUCAGCAGCAACAGCAGCCGCCACAGCAACAGAAUCCACAGCAGAAUUUCGGCUAUGCUCCACUGCCGACUCAGCCUUCGCCGGCGCCAGCACCGGGAGCAGCACCCGCCUAUGGAUUAGCGCCUCCCGGGCAACCUGGAGCUGGAGCGGUGCCCCCCGGACAGUACCCCCAGUUUGCAAUGUUUCAGCAGCCCAUCGUGCAGGACAUGGCUAUGCAGUAUGGUCAGCGGCUAGCAGACCAAGGCAAGCAGCUGGUGGAGAAUCAGUUCGAGAAGUGGGUGCCUGUGGCCAAACUGAAGUACUACUUUGCGGUAGAUAAUGCAUAUGUAGGCCGUAAGCUGCGUCUUCUGUUUUUCCCUUACAUACACAAGGAUUGGUCUCUGAGGUACGAUCAGGAACAUCCAGUACAGCCGCGCUACGACGUGAAUGCCCCGGAUCUCUACCUUCCUACCAUGGGCUACAUAACUUACGUGAUUGUAGCCGGUCUGCUGCUGGGUAUGCAGAAACGCUUCUCCCCAGAGCAGCUCGGCAUCCAGGCUUCCAGUGCUAUGGCGUACAGCAUCUUCGAACUUGUAAUCUACUCCAUUGCCCUGUACGUAAUGAAUGUCAAGACAAGCCUCAAGACGUUGGACCUUCUGGCCUUUACGGGAUACAAAUACGUCAACAUAGUAGUUUGCUUAAUGGUCAGCACGCUCUUUUUUAAAUCUGGAUAUUAUAUAGCCCUGGCAUAUACAAGUUUCUCAUUUGGAUUUUUCCUGCUUCGCACUUUGAGAACGAAACUGCUGCAGGAUAACUCUCCAGCUGCACCCAGUGGAGCUAUAAACUAUGAUCCUUACGGAAAUCCCCAGCAGUUCGACUACAGCGGCGGAAAGAAGCGGAAACUUUACUUCCUGUUUAUGGUCGUGGUGGGUCAAGCACUGUUCGCUUUCCUGCUAUCCAAGCAUUUGUAUCUGCCAGAGGCAGAGAUUCUGGCUGCGCCGAAGACUUUUUAACUGCACGGUUCCGAAGCUUGAUGUGCAGACUCCUUGAUAUAACCUUGCCCAGAUACGUAGUGGCAGUCUCCACUCGAAAGUCGAACGUUUCCAGAGCCAAGGCUAUUUCAUUCCCAGCAUGUUAAAUCCUCUCAAUAGUUUGUGGUUAUCGGUCAGCCGAGAUCCGUGCAAGAGAACAUAUUUUUGUUAGUAAAAACAUUUUAUAAAUAAAUAUUUGCUAUGAAAACGAA